AUGUGUCAUAUGAUUGCCACGGCUGAGAUCUAUGGCGAGGAGGUCGAGGGCAAGCUAGAACCUGAGAGUGAACCGGGGUUUCCUGAGGAUGAUGUUCUGCUGUCGACACUGGACGGCUCAGACGACGCUCCAAACUCUGCACCUUGGUUUGUCUCAUUAACUUCGGGCACAAAGACGAACUCGAACGCAUCCUCAGACCUAGAUGUAGGAGCCGAUUCCGACGAACAGCAAUCGAGAAACUCAGAAAUUAUGCUGAAGAUGGCGAUGGAAAACGUUGAAGACAUCCUGGAUCAAGUUCUGAUGCUCGGUUUUGCGAUUCGGAAAUCGGGAACCACGGCGAGACUCGAGAAGGCCGACAGCUCCUUCAAUUCUGACGACAACCGACAAUUACGCACGUAUUUGGAGUUCAUGACUGGCACCGCGAGGCAAAGAAUUGUGGAAGAUAACAAUGCCACUGCCAGCCAGAGGAUGGAGGAGGCUAAUGGCCGUCUCGGCGCGGUAACCCCGGAACAACAACAUCUGAUCCUAGCGAAUUUACGGCGGCGCCAUAGAUUCGAAUAUGCGAGACGACACCAGCGAAAACUUGACAGGGCCAUAGUACCGCCUGUGAUACCUAUCUCGGAGCCGGCUAUGCACACCCCGGGGCAGAGAUCAAUUCUUCCGGAGAGCAAAGCCGAGUUCUUGGCUGACCCAAUGCCGCCCAUGAAUGAGUCCCGAAGCAUAACUCAGCCGUUGCCUCUUCCACGGGUCAUCCUCGGUGUCCAAGGGAUGAGCGAUACAACACCGUCCAAAGCAGAAGGCAGCAUAUUGAAGUUGGCAGUCCCGUCCCAAGCGGCAGGUAGCCGCGUAUCAGUAUCUGUUGCCAAGAUGCACUAUCCCUCAGCUCCAAAGGCCGAUGGGAUGAGGGGUUUUAAAUGUCCUUGCUGCUUUCAAACACUACCAAUAAUGUUUCGAGAUCGUUCAAGAUGGAGAAAACAUCUCACAGAAGAUCUCUGCCCCUACACAUGCCCCUUUCUCCAAUGCCCUAGACCAAACACUCUCUACGUAUCACGGACAGCCUGGCGGGACCACAUCCAGGAAUCUCACAGCGCCGGACAAUACUGGGAAUGCUUAGCCUGUGCCGGUACUGAAGCGCCGAAUGUAUUCUUCACUGCUGAGCAAUUCGCUAGCCACAAUCAGCUCCAGCACCAGGACACGAUAUCCAACGAACAAAUCGAAUAUCUCCAAACCUCCUGCCGCAAAAUUAAACUCCCAAAUAUUCCUCAGUGCCCUCUCUGUUCCUGGCCUCAAGGUGAAGACGCUGUACCAGAUGCCGAUGCAAAUCUCGAGCAUCUUGGCAACUGUAUCCAUGAGUUCUCGCUCAACGCUCUACCUUGGGCUGAUUCUUCAGAUGUAGGGUUUGCAGGUUUGCGAGACCUCGAAUUCCGUCAAAGGAUCGAGCAGUGGGUCGAGGGAGCUAGAGAGAGCGCGAGCACAAUAGAGGGCGUGGAUAUCCGAAAAAUCAGCAUCGAUACAUUUGGUGUUCUUCCUGUGCCAUCUCAACCGGAGAGCAGCAAAAUGACAUUUAUUCCAGAGGAAUAUUUUGCUGAAAGCUCCGAGGUGUCGAUCAGAAUAGAACAAGACUCUGAUCUGCCGGACGUCAGGGGAAUGUAUUCAAAAGUCGACGUCGAUGCGAGUGUUGAACAUGAUCAGAGAUUAAAACCGUUCCAGAUGUGCCUCAAGUCGCUAGCCUUUUCGGAGAUGGACCAGUGGGCUACAGAGACUGAAAAGGCGACCGAGGGCACAUGCAGAUGGAUCUUUCAGCACCGAGCUUACCAAGCCUGGGAUACUUGUGAUCAAGGCAUGCUGUUGAUCAAAGGAAUGACCGGCGCUGGAAAGUCGACAUUGCUACGUUACGUUCUCGAAAAUACUCUAUUGUCUAACACCGGAGGCAGUGCCGUUGUACUCUCGUUCUUCUUCCAUGCUCAUGGCUCAAAACUGCAAAGAACAAUGCUCGGCCUCUUCCGCUCGCUCCUCCAUCAGCUCCUUCUCCAGGUCCCCGAUGUUCUGUCAGACCUCAUCACGCUUCAGCAAUGGAGCAACGCUCUUGGAAAGCAUGGCGAAAACUGGCAGUGGCACCUUUCCGAGCUGCAAGAACACUUCCACUUAUCGCUCUCGAAGGUAUUAGAGAGUCAUCCGAUCUGGUUGUUUGUCGAUGCUUUAGACGAAUGCGGCCAUGCGAAUGCCGUUGGUCUUGUCAAUUAUUUCGACACUAUACUCCCGGAAUUUCGGCAUACCGGCUUACAGUUUCAUGUAUGCUUCACUAGUCACCACAUGCGGCCGGAUAUAACUUCCGUGUUCGAAAUUAACCUUGUGCGCGAAAACGCACAGGACAUUUCGAUUCACUUACAAUCCCAAGUUUCCGCCCUGCCAGGGACAGAUAUUCCGGCGGGAAUAGUGGCAGACAUUACAAGUCGGGCCCAUGGAAGUUUUCUGUGGGCGUGUCUUUUAAUGGGGCAUGUUAUCGAUCGUAAACAGAAGGGUGAUAGUCUGCGUAGGAUCGAGGAAAAGAUUCGUGCCAUACCUUACGAGUUGGAACAGCUAUACCUCUAUCUUUUCCUAGGUCAGGAUAAGAAACCAGCCUUCAUAAAGCUUUCUCAAUGGAUGUGCUUUGCCACCCGCCCUUUGACGCUGGAUGAGCUGCGAUGGGCUCUAAUCGGCCAUGUCAACGGCCUACACAUGCCGUAUCCAGCACGAUGGUCUAAAGCGGGCUUUGAGCACGGUUUAGAUGAGAUUGGACUGAAUUCAGUCAGCAGCGGUCUUGUUAAGGUUGUGAGGUCAUUUGAUACGCGGGUAGUACGGUUCAUACACUCAUCAGCCCAUGACUUCUUUACCUCAGACUACCUCUCGAACAUCAGCGGCAACAUGCCUGCGGAAUUCAUCAAACCUGGUGUCUCUGUAGCAGCGAGUGCACACUAUGAACUAUCCAGAACCUGCGUUCGGUACUUGACAAUGGAUGAUAUUAUACGAACAACAAUUCACGAUCGUGGAGAUCUGAUCUCCACGUUUCCACUGUUGCAUUAUGCCACAACAUCGUGGCUGUUACAUGCAAAACAGAGCGAGAAGAUGGGACUUACCCAAGACGACCUUCUAGACUAUUUUAUGUGGCCGUCAGAGGAUCUGUUGCAGCAAUGGGCAGAUCAACUUGGCAUAGAUAUUGAUGUCAAGGAUACUCUCGGUCGAACGUCGCUGAUAUUGGCGUCUAAAAAUGGGCAUGAGACCGCGGUUGAGCUCCUACUCGCUGCUGGGGCUGAUGUUCAGGCUGUGGAUGGUCAAGGUCAAACCCCGUUAUCAUGGGCCGCUAAGAGUGGGCAUGAGAGAGUGGCCAAGCUCCUGCUUAAUGCUAGGGCUUAUAUUGACUGCGCUGAUAGCUUGGGUGAAACCCCGUUGUCAUACGCCGCUAGAAGCGGUCCUGCGUUCGUGAAGCUACUGGUCGAUGAAAAGGCUAGUAGAGACAUAAGACGCCGGGAAGAGGAUUACAUCAAGAUGAUCGAGACCUACGUCAAAGACACGCCUAAGCUGGGGGAAUUUUUCCACGGAAAGGAUCAUUUUAUACGAAACAUGGCAAAAAAGGUGCUUGACCUUGCCGAUGACCUUACGACAGACCUCGGCACCACGGACGUUCUUCCAAAGAUCAUCAAAGUAACCAUGCAUCAACACGUUAUCUACUGCGAUGACAGUCGCUCUAUGCGCCGCAACACCCAAUGGGAAAACCAAAAGAGCCUCGCUUUGUCUAUUGCGAGGACUGUGACACGCAUACUUCCCGAUGGCGAAGGCGUCGCCCUCCGUUUUAUCAACCACAGAAUUAACGAAGCCCCAUCCCUGGACCUCGAGGGCGUCGCCAGGGUUCUCCAGUCCGUCGAGCCCAGAGGCGCAACACCCAUCGGCACGUCGCUGCAAGAUUGUAUCCUGGAGCCCUUGGUGUUUCAGCCGCUUGCGUCGGGCAAGCUAAGUAGGCCGCUGCUUGUGUCCAUUUUCACGGAUGGUAUCCCUCACUCCGAGAACAAGAACACACUGGCGAGUGUAAUUAUCAAUUGUGGGAAGAUCUUGGUAAAGAACAAUUAUCCUCUCAACUACGUAAAUUUCUUGAUCGGCCAGAUCGGGUCGUCGGUCAAUGUUCACGAAUUUCUGGGUACCCUCAGGGAAAACCCGGACGUUGCUAGGGUAUCUCGCAUCUUUGCUGGCAGUAUAGAUGAUAAGUUUCAGUCGUUCGAUGACGAACGUAGUUUAGACCGCUGGCUAGUUGAAAUACUAUUUGGACCCUUAGUAGAUAUUGAGAUUUAG